CACAGUACAGGGGCACCUUGCUUUCUUUGUUGACUGCCCAUUUUUUGUUUGUAAAAAAUUGUGUAUUUGCUAUUUUAAGGAUAUAAACUGUCUUAAUGACCUCGACAGCAUCUAAGAAAAAUAACCAGGAGUAUGUUGUUCCAGGUGGAGCAACGCAAGAAACACAGCCAUCCCCUUUGGCUCUCCUAGCAGCAACAUGCAGUAAGAUUGGAGCUCCCCCACAUAAUCAAGAGGAGGGACAGAGUCAAAAUGGUACUCAACAGCAGGUUCGAGUCAUUGGGGCUAACGGAAAUGGGAGUGGCGAUGUUGUUGUUCCCAGCUGGGUACAGCUUCCGGCCGGUGCCGUCGUCGAUUCGAGUGGUAAACAAACUUUUGGAAUUCCCCUUUCAUCACUGGGCGGAGGUCAAUUCGUUCAACAGUCUGUGAACUCAAAUCAACCACAGAUAAUAGCGACAGCAGGCCCUGGGGGAAAUCUGACAUACAAUGUCGUACAGCCGUUUCAAACAGUCAACGUUGACGGCCAGGAAGCAAUUCUUAUUCCGUCUACAGUGGCAUCUGGUAAUAACGGUCAGAUAAUUGCAGGAAACCAACAACAGCAACAAACUUUGUUUGCCACACCUUCAGGGCAAAUAAUUCGUGCGGGUGCACAAGGGAUACCAAAUUUAGGCAAUGUUUUAAAUUUAGGUGGAAAUAUUGUUAACUUGGGAAAUGUUCAAGGAAUGCCUGGCGUCAGACAAAAUAUACUACAGGCCUUACAAGUGCAACAGCCCCAAAAUCAAUUUCAAGUGGCAAAUGUUCCAAACUUCAUACAGAUACCAAUGUCAACUGCUAACGGCCAAACAGUCAUGCAAACAGUCCAAAUUCCAGUUCAGGGUAUUCCCGUAUCAGCUUUUCAACAGCAACAUCUGGGGCAACAGUUCACUACGUCAGAUGGAGGCAUGACAACACAAGCAGGACAAGCACAGACGUCUGUUUCUUCAGCAACAACGAGUGCACAAUCAAUACAAAUUCAACAGCAACAACAACCACAAUAUAUAGAAAUCCAAGCUAACCCAAAUAUCGCUUCAGUAACAAGAGCUCCAUCAGAAGUGGAUACUAAACCCUCAACUCCACAACAGACUGCAACUGUGGUAAAUUCACAACCAGCAAACCAACAACAUCAACAAAUUUUACAAGCUGUUCAGCAGAAUAUCUCUGGACAAACAAUAUUGACACCAGGGCAAAAUUUGACACCAAAUAUUUUAUCACAGCUGCCCUCACUUGUUCUAAAUACAGCAACUGGGCAGCUUAUACCAGUCUCCAAUGGUAAUAGUGGGCAAAGCUUCAUUUUGGGUUCAGCGACGCAAGCAAAUGGUUCAACAACAAACACUGUUUCUGUUGCAUCUUCACAACAACAAUCCAACGUUCAAAAUAUAAUGACGCCCCAACAAUUUGCUACAAUUCAAAUGCCCAACCAGUCUGUUGGAGGAGUUCAGUUAAACGGACAGAACCAAGUUAUCAAUCCAUGGCUUUCUGCUUUAAAUGUUGCUAAUAUUCGUCAACAAGGAGUUCAGACAAUACAAGUUCCAAAUUUACAAGCUUUGCAGAAUAUGCAAAAUUUUCAAACUGUGCAGAACAGUGGUAUCCAAGGUUUUCAGUUGACUCCUCAAGGACAGUUAAUUGCAACUGGCUCAAAUUUUCCACAGAAUUUAGGCACUGUCACUUUGACACCACAAGGAACUUUAGCUAUGUCAUCACAGACAAACCAACAGCAAACCAGUCCUCAGUCCUUCCCUGCAACUGUUACCAACAUCAAUCUACAGCAAGCUGGGAAUCAACAAGUGAAUGCUUCACAACUGAUAGGUCAGCCAACUACAAUACAACAAGAUCCCAAUGACCCAACCAAAUGGCAGAUUGUUCCUACCACACAGACAAACCAGGUUACCUCCCUUAGCCCACCAUUCAAAGGAGAACAAAUUAUACAAGACAGUGGGACACCUGGCAGAAGGCUAAGAAGAGUAGCUUGUACCUGUCCGAACUGUAAAGACAAUGAAGGAAGGACGGGUGAAAACAAAAAGAAACAGCAUAUUUGUCACAUACCAGGCUGUAACAAAGUUUAUGGAAAGACGUCACAUCUUAGAGCUCAUUUACGUUGGCAUACAGGAGAAAGACCUUUUGUUUGUAACUGGUUAUUCUGCAAUAAAAGAUUUACACGUUCUGAUGAAUUACAGCGACAUAGAAGAACACACACAGGAGAGAAAAGGUUUGAAUGUAAGGAAUGCCAUAAGAGAUUUAUGAGAAGUGAUCAUCUGUCAAAACACAGAAAAACACAUUUUAACAACAGAGGUACGAAAGGUGCUGCUAUAGAUAGUGUGGAAGUUCCAGAAGGAGUAGAUAUGGAAGGGGAAGAACAAUCAGAAGAAAAUAAUACAAGCAUAGAAGAACAUGAGACUGUUUUAGUGGAAAGUGAAGAAGGCACAGUGACUGUUCUAGUACAAUCUCAAACAGGUUGAGAAUAUUUUCAUAUUCUGGGUCAAAUAUCUUAAUUAAGAUGGCACAGUGACUUGUCUUGCUCUGCAGCAGAAUUGCAACGAACAGUUCAUAUUCUGUGCGGUGAAAUGAAAGUCACAAUGACUGUUCAAUUCACAGUUGUCUAGCGUGACAUGGUCGUUAUCUGUAAAAUAUGACAGAUGUGUGGAAACAGUUGUUGCAGAAAACAAAUUUUUGCCUGAUUAAAGAUCAUUUCAUACAGUGCAAGAAAGGAGUACAUGAGAUACCAUGCGUAGAAGUGAAGAAGAACUGAAUAGAAUAAUAAUGCCAUAUUUUGCCAUUUGAUAUUGAAAUUAUGUAGUAAUAGUAGACAAAAAUGCUUCUAAUGUGUACAUUUGAACUUUAUUUUCUUUAAUGAGAUUAUGUUUAGAAGGCAAUAGGGAGAAAAAUAUGGUCUGAGGUCAUUUCUAUUCCUGAAAUUCAGUAAAUAGAAUUUUUUAGUAAUGCAUUUGAGUCUACUGCUACUUUUUUGACACAAAAAACAUUUUCAUUUGUAAGCUUAAAUAGGUUUUCUUAAAAGAAAACCUGUUUCAUAAAUGUUUGUGGUUUUGGAAAAAAAGGCUUCUUCUAAUGUAACACCUGAGUUAAAAAAAAUGAGAUACUGCUUUCAAAAUAAAUGGAUGAAAAAUAUGAUGCAAUGUCUUUUAUAAUUCUGAAAUCAAGUAAAUUGACAAAAUUGUGUUAUCUCCCUUUGAUCACAAAUUUUGUUUUGUUUACAAAAAUUUAAUUUCAAAAAGUUGAUAUUUUUUUUUACAAUAAACUCAACAAGCAGAAAGUUAAGCAUUCCCGAAUAAUUAUUAGAAAGUUGACAUUUUUAGAUGAUACGUUGACAAACUUCAAUAUUAAUGAAUUAAUUUUUUCAUAAUUUGUCACAUUGUACAAAAAAUACUUGGAUGGAGAGUUGUCUCAUUGGCACUCAUACCACAUCUUCUUAUAUCUAUAGACAUUUGAAAUUCAACUGCUCUGUGACAGGUGGUUUAUUCUGUGAUACAUCUAUGAUGUACUUUUAUAAGGAGGAAUUGUCAUAGUAUUGUUGGAAGUUCUGAAAUGAAUAGAUUGUAUAAAAUUAAAUGUAUAAUAAAUAACACAUAUUUUUAUGAGCUGAAUCAUGUGAAUGGAAAUUAAUUAUGUACAUUUUUUUUUACAUGUUUGAUUAUUUUUUAAAAUGUAAAAAUAUUUUUUUUGUGAAUCCAUUUUGAGGAAGAUGAUGAAACCAGUAGAUACACUGCAUUUAAAAAUACCAUUGAACUAUUAUUGUCUUAAUAUUUGGUUGUACUUUUCAAUACUUGUUCAAAAGGUACACUUCAGCUCACAUUGAUUCUAUCCAAAUUCACCUGCCCAUCAUGGACAGGCCACUAGAUAUUAAUCUCUGACCUUGUGAAAUAUUGAAUAUUAUACAAAUGCUCAACUCAUUUUUUCUAAGUUAUCAUGGUUAUUGUUAGUUAAAAAAAUUCUUAUGAUGAAUUAUAGAAAUUGCAUGUCAAUCUAUAUAUAUAAAUGGCUUGUGGACCAUCUCUCUCGUUAUGGAUUGAUUGAUUGACUCUUGACUAUGUUAUGGUGGCCAGUCUGUAUUGGUGGAGGAAGCUGUGAUACCUGGAGAGAACCAUCGACUUGGGCAGGAAAAUUUGCAAUCCAAGUCUUUUAAGAUUGACAUCAAAUAAACCUUUACACAAGCGGAGUUUGAACUAACAAAAUUAGUGAUCACUGUAUAUGAACUACUUUGACCAAUAAGCUGCUGUCUCACCCCCUCCCUUGGACAAUUAUAAACGACAAAGUCCACAUUAAGUGUAAGAUAGAAAUACUUGCAUUGUUCAUAUGUUCUACAUUUAUCCAGCUUUUUGCAUAAGGCUCAACAGAUCAUCUUUUUCAGCCAUAUACUACAAAAACUAGCGACCAAAGAAAAAAUCUGGUUACUCUGUACUACAAAUGUAUAUACCAUUUAAUGACACAAAAAAAAACAGUGUUUAAGGAAGUUCGCUACUCAGUUUCAAAAUAACAAGCUUUCCAUAACACUAGUAUAUAUUGAUAGGGGAUAAAUAAAGGAACCAAAAAAAGCCAAAAAAAUAUAUAGGUCAAUGUGCUUGUUUUCGAGAUAUUAGCCAUUGAAAUUUUUGCGGGAAAAUGUUCUCUCUUGAUUUUUCAUAGCUUUAUCAUUGACAAGUUUAAGUUCUCAAAAACUAUUAAAAAAUAACAAAGAUGUUAUAAGACUUUAACAAAUGGCUUAUAAUUAUACAUGUAAAAGAUUUAUAAAAAGAAAAAUGGGGGUCAAUGGGCAAAAUUUUUUAUGGCAUUCAAAUGGAUAAAACCAGAGGAUUCCAAAAAUCUGACAAAAAUCCCAAAACAUGACAAGUGAACAUCCUAAAAUACAAUAGUUAAUGGCUUAAUUUAUUGGCAUAAAUGAAAGAAUUGAAGUUUUCUGUACAUCACAGUCUAUCAAAACAUAAACAUUUUCUCUUAGAAAAAGUUAUUGUGUCAAUGUAUUUAUAUAAAAGAAAUUCCCACCUGAUGUAUUUUUAGAACAGAAAUCCCCACCUGAUGUUGUUAUUGAAAUUUAUUUUAAUGGUUGAAGUAAUGUAAGAGUUUACCCCUAUCAUAUUCGAAGUACUUUGUUUUACUUUGAAGGUGGCACUGCAUUUGUUUUAUGUUAUAAAUAUCUGCCUUCUCCAGAAAAAAACAAUUUUGCCUAAAAAUUAAAUUUAAUUGUAAGUUACACAUUUUGAAAAAUGAAACUAUCAAGAAACCCAUAUAGGAAUCCCAGUCUUCAGAAGUUACCCUUAAAGGAGAUGUUUUUAGUAGGGAAUUAGAAAACCAGCUAAUCAUUGUUUCCUGUGAAAAAAAUUUUGUAUGAAUUUUCAAUAUUUUCAAAAAUUCUGAAUGUAUCAUACGAUAUUGAUUAACUGAUGUUUAUUGUGUAAACAAACAAUGACUUUGACUAUAAAUUGUCAUUUUU